AUGGAAUCGCUCUAUGCUCGAGAUACCCCUACGGCGCACGAACGCAAACUGAAGUUGGGAGAGCGUGAUCACGUAAUGGCAAGUCGGGACGUGGUACAAGACCGUUCGAAAAACAAACCACAGUUACCAGAGACUUUCGAUUGUCUCAUGGACACGUCUACGGAAUCCAGUGAUACCAUUGCCAAUGCUGGAGCUAUUCCAACUGUGAACUCGAGUACUAACUCAACAGAUGAUACCUUCGGAUUCCCUUUUGCGUCGUUGCCAAGAGUGAGGUUACAGCAAUCGCUUGGUAAAGAAUGGCAAACCAUUCAAAGAACUAGCCAGCUCAAUCAAGAAAAAUCACGAGAUUCCAAGAAGACAGAAGAAGAACGUCUUGCAGAAUUAAGUGAAGAGACGAUCUCGUUGGGAUUGUCGCUUCCAGCUUUAAAAACGGAGAAGCUCGAGACAAGGACAGUAGAGAAUCCGCAACAAAAGACGACAGUGACUGCUGUUUCAGACACGACUUUGCAGUCACGACGAGCGGGAGUCACUUCAAUACAUCGUCGAUCCAAACCGGCGAUUACAAUUAACACUGGCUCGGAUUUAACGGGUGUCUGUGCGAAAAGGUCAUCGCCCGCGACGCCGGCGUCUCCUCCGACAUUUUCAUGGAAUGACAUUCUUUGUGUCCAGAAUUUGAUCGAGCGAUGUCUUCAGCAGUAUUUGAGCAAGAAUGACAUCUUGAUUAUACUGAAAGAGCAGGCCAACGUGGAUCCAGCGUUUGCCAAUGUCGUGUGGCAAAAACUCGAAGAACAAAACCCAAUGUUCUUUCGCGCCUACACUUUGCAGCUUCAGCUGAAGGAGCAAAUUAUUGCUUUCAACGAUUUGGUUGGGCAGCAGAAAGCAAUGACAGCUACCAAUAGCAAAUGCGUCCUGCAGUACAGCAACUUGAAUCGGUCAUCAGCAAGUCGAGCUUCAGGUCAAUGCUCUUUGAUCACAGCACCUACGUCUACAGCAUUACCUCCGAGAAGUAAGGAUGCACGACCUUUACUGCGCACACCACUUUGCUCUGUGAGACAGCAGCAUCAGCACACGAACAUGUAUCAGCUAGGAUGUUCGUCAAAAGGUUUGGGUGCGACGUCUUCGAGCUUGACGACACUGCCUUUGUCGUCGCCUUUGCCGCUACCAUCGCCAAUUAAGACUGACCUAGACACCCAUGCCUUUUUCACGUGA